CCCCCAAAGUAACGAAAAGAAAAAACGAUAGAAAAAGGAUUUUUAUUUGCUUGGCAAGCAGAAAAUAAAACUGCUACAAAAUUAAGCAUUCGUCGGCAACAACAAAGCAAUAUAAACGCAAAAAAUCAAAAAUGAAAUUGGAGCCGAAUGUAAACGGGGGGAGUCCUUUGGUAACGCCAUUGAAAAUAUCCACUGCAAAGGUGGAGUCCAUACCUAAUAACGAAACAUCAAAAACAGACAAUGAAGAAGAUUUCGAUCAAUUUCCGGAUGCUGACGAGGACCUGGACGAUGCCGGCAGCAGUUGUGUGAAAAAUGAGAAUGGCAGUGAAUUUAGCAGUGUCGAAGAAACGAAAACUUUCACAAAAGUAGUUGAAGGAAUUGAUAAUGAGACGGCAGGCGAAACUGAUGAGUCGGCAGUGGGGAAAAAGAAGUCGCGCAAAAAACGUUCCCUCAAUUGGGAAGAAGCAGAGCGGGGCCUUUUAGUUGAAAUCAUAAAGCCAAAGGUGGAUUUUGUGGAAAAUAAAUCGGUGGAUGCCAAAUCUAUAAAAUCAAAACGUUUGGCCUGGUUGCAUGUCACCAAGCAAUUUAAUGCAUUGAAUUUUCGUCAUCGCUCUCUGGAACAAAUUCAAGUACAGUGGCGUAGUAUGAAGAAUUCAGCCAAAAAGGAAUAUCAACAGAAAUAUCCCAAGGCCACCAGUAUGCUGGAUGGCAUGCAAAUGCUAGAGUUCAUGGAGGAAAUGCAAAAAGAGCCCGCCAUUGGCGGUACUCGCAGCCAGACCCGCAAUUCCAAUAUACAAAUGAAAAAGGAACAACUCGAUGAUCUGGACGAGGAAGAUGAUACGCCCCUGGCUGCCUUACCCGCAACCCUAUUCAAUAAUACCAGCAACAGCGAAGACACGCAGCCGACAUCGACAUUGGCUUUGUCCCCAUCCACAUCAGCCGAAUCACAAAAUUUAGAAUUUCAGCCUCUCAAUAAUGCGGAAUCAUUGAUUGAUGUGCCGGUCAAAAAGAGAAAAAUAUUACCGAAACUAAAGGAGAAGUUGCCCAAAGCCAAGGCUCUGCACCAGGCCGCAGCGGCGGAUGGCAGUGGUAAAAUGUGCGGCGAUAAACCUGUUUUGGGUUUAAAAAUCAAACGUCAAAAAUGUGAGACCACCAAUGCGGCCAGCUCAUCUCUCACCGAUGUCUCCAGUUCGGCCAACACAUCGUUAGGCGUAUCAUCCUACACAUCGGCCAGCUCAACGAAUCUCAAUGCAAAUUAUCUAUUUUCCGAAAGUAAACCCUCCACAGCGGUGGUACAUGCCCAUAAUAGUAACUCCGUUUUAACCACACCACCGCCCUCGCCGAGUGCGUGCAACGAUGAGAAAUAUAAAAAGCAAAUAUUUGACUUGAUAAGACGUGCUCGCCUGGCCGAAAUCGAUUUUGCCCGCAAGGAGCAUGAGCAAAAAUUGCGCCAUCAACAGCAGGAGCAAGAUUUGAAAAUGCGUUAUAUGCGUGAAAUGCAUGAGCAGCGAAUGCGUUUCGCUCAAAUGGAAUAUGAGGCUCGCAUGCGUGUCUAUGCGCAGGCCAAUGAGAAGGCAGCUUCAAACGAUACUUCGUCGUCGUCAUUGGCCGUUCUUCCUGAUCAGAGCAAGGAUACUUAGACAAUAUAUCAACGAGGCCCGCCCGGCUAUUCAUACGGUAUUUAUUGUAUAGAUAAAGUUUAAAUUAUACUCAUUAGAAAAGUAUGUAGAACUAAUCGAUGAUAGGAUGAUAUCCUGGAAACUCCAACGCCCAAUAGGUUCAAGGCAAAAUUUGAAUCGUGAAAGCUGUCAAACUAUCUCUCAGAGAGGUAUUACAAUAUCAACGAUCAUUUUUACAAGUGGAGUUAAUUGUUCCAAAGAGCGAUUGUGGGUUUUCGACAAUAG